CUGAAGAUCCACAGGGACAGAAUGAGAUAGAAAAACAGGGAGAGUCCGUAGAAUGUUCACAAGUAACAGAAGCUCAACCCUCUCCCUCACCAGAUGUGAUUCAAAGUGAUAAGGGAGAUAACUCUGUUCAGCCAGAGAGUUCCUCAGAGAUCACAAGUGACUCUGUUGAUGUCUCAAAUAACACAGAUGUAUUUAGUUCAGAUGACUGGUCACGGAGUGAAGUGUCUGCCAUCGAGAAAGAGAAGACUGAUCAUUCUGAGGACUUCUCCACAGCCACGUCUGACGAUGGACUUUCUACUUCAAGUGUCUCUGUUAUUGGAGCUUUUGAUGGAACUGAUCGUGUUCAGAAACCAAGUUCACUCGAGUUUGAGAACAAAAGGUCAAGUCGUUCCAGUGUGGACGUCCCCCUGUCUCCCACCGGCUAUGUUCAGCCCCCUACGCCGGACUACCCCCCACCCUCACCAAGCACCGCAGUGCAGGGCAUUACCCAGAAGAUAAACCCCCAGGAAAAGAGAAAAUCCAAAGACAUGGAGACCCUCACAGAAGCUUCCAUACUUGCCAGUCUCCAAAACAAGCCAGUUAAACCAGUUAAGCCAGUUAAGCCAGCAGUCAAGCCGCCGAUCAAGCCGCCGAUCAAACCGCCAGUGAAAGUUCCUGUAAAACUUCCAGCUGACAAUAACAACAUCCAGUCUGUUGACAGCAGCACCGGUGUAGAGGAGGAGGACCCAGACGCCAUGCUGCCUCCACCCAAAGUGGAGCGCAUCACCUCCAAGGUGCUGGAGACCGUCAUAGAGCGAGCAGAAGAGCCCAGUCAGUCCGGGAGUAAUGGAGAGAUUACCACAAACACGCAGAAACUCACGGAACAUGUACAGUUACGGCGAAGGAUUAGUUCCGAGAGUACCAGUGAUGCUGACACGGAAACAAGCAUAUUUGCAGGCCUGUUGCGUGGAUCCACUCCUGGAGGGCCACGAAAUGUGGUGUCCCAAAUAUGUGAAAGUGACGUAGUUCGGCAGAUCAAAACAAAACGCCAGUCCACCCCGUCGUCCUUCCUCAGCUUCGACCCCGUCAUGGAGAAAGAGGAGGAUAAGGACAACAUCGACGCCGAUGCAGUUCUCGCAGGUCUCGACGAUGCCUUGAAGAACAACGCUGCCGCCGAGAACACGAAUGGACACAAAAGUGGGGAUGACGGCAAUAUAGACGAGAGCGAGGAAUGGGCAAAUAUCGCCGCCACGUUAGCUGAGUUCGGGGUGGGCAUGGCUCGAGAGUCUGUGUUUGUACGCGAGUAUGAGGCGGACUUUGCACGGUUAUUGGCAGGUACUCACCUUGCGCCCAAAUCUCAGAAACCCUCCAACAAGAUACAGAGUGUUGGGGAAUGGCUUGAGAUGCUGGGCCUUGGACAGUAUGAAAACACUCUUGUUGCUAAUGGCUUUGAUGAUACAGAUUUCCUCGGUGGCAAUGUCAUGGAAGAGCAGGACUUGGAGAGCAUCGGCAUCACAGACACGGAGCACCGGACCAAGCUGCUGAAGGCUGCCAAUUCCUUACCUAAACUAGAACCAAUAGGUAGGUCCCUCAGAGAUCAAGCCAAGCUUCCCCCUUCAGUUGAAGAAUGGUUGAAGUCUCUUCGGCUGGAACAGUACUUAGAUACAUUUAAUAACCAUAAAUACAACACCAUGGAGCGUGUUGUCAAAGUAUGGGAGUUAGAAUUAACAAGUGUAUUAGAUAUAACAUCUAUAGGGCAUAGGAAACGAAUACUAGCCUCAUUAGGAGACCGACCUGCACCAGAGCGGAUCAACUCAUCCAGUAGUCCCAAUAUCAUCAAGAAGACCUUGACACAAGGUGUGGAGGUCAUAUCUCCAUUUGAUCACAUUGAUCUCUAUAAAGACUAUACUGGAGUCAAGUCAACGGCAGUUGACGACCCUGAGGUGCCAGAACCUUCCCAGAAUCCUUUGCUCAUGUUCGGAACUGGCAAUGAUGGUCUCAGUCAAGGCCAGCAUAUCCGUGACAGCACAAUACAUAUCCGCCCACCCCACCUGGCCCACACCACGGGGUCAGUCCGACAGUGGCGCCACCGCCCCGAGAUCCUCAUCAAGGGAUGCUGCAACUACACUGCUCAGUACCUUGGGUCCACACUGGUGAAGGAGCUAAAUGGCCCAGAAUCCACGCAAGAGGGCAUCUCAAAACUCAAGCAAAGACUACGGCGAAAACUCCAGAAAUCCACUGAUGUCAUUGCCAAAAUUCCAACUAUAAUGCUUUCCAUAUCUUACCGUGGUGUCAAGUUCAUUGAUGCCAAAUCCAAGAAAGUUAUCUGUGAUCAUGAAAUCGCCAACAUCUUCUGCGCCUGCCAGGACUCAGAGCAUCUCAACUUCUUUGCGUACAUCACGAAGGACCGAGAGACCCAGAAACACUACUGUCAUGUCUUCAGUGUGCGGAGCAGGGAAUUGGCAGGGGAGAUAAUCCUGACUUUGGGAGAAGCCUUCGAGAUUGCAUACCAGAUGGCACUGAAAGAGAAAGCUGAGGAAGAUGCAAUGGAGUUUGAGAAGAAGCUUAGUCCCAGUGACCAAGAAGACACAACUAGCGCCUCAUCAAAAGCAUCGCUCAAUACAGUAUAGCACAUACAUAAUGUGUGUUAUCUCUUUUAUAGCUGGUUCCUCAUCAGGCUACUCCAGAUCUUCCUUGGCAUCAGGAGCUCCAUACACCAAUCCGCUAACAUAGAUCCUGGCAAGUGUAUCAGCCGAAGUCAGAAGCAGCUAGCUCAAUGAGAAGUUAUUACUAAUGUCUACAGUUUUAUGAAUAUUUAGCACCAUUUAAAAGUAGUUACUGGUAUUAAUAACCACCAAAGCAUCAUCAAUGUUCCACAGUGAUCAUCAUAAGGCAAGCACCUGCUGGAGUUGCAUACAACUGACUACUUUAUUCAACUAUCAUGUUCUCAUUCCGUGAAGCAGUGAAAGAUCUCUUGGAGUAGGGGUUCCAGUAAUCUGAGUGGCACUGACAUUAUUAUGUGAAUGCCCCCUUGAUGUUAAUGGAUGACUGCUCCAUGAUCUGGGACAUUCACCGGUCUAGUUCUUCAGGAAAA